AUGGAUAUUCCUGCAGAAUUCGAUCUCCCGCAGGUCCAAACCAUAUUAAAUGCAUUGAAGAACAUCUGUCGUGAUUACCCCGCUGGAGGUUCUGUUCUCAGAGAGCUCUUACAAAAUGCUGAUGAUGCCCAGGCAUCGGAAGUCAAAUUCUUUCUCGAUGAGAAUAGCUAUGGGACGGACAACCUGCCACCUAAGCUCGCUCAAUACCAAGGGCCAGCUCUAUUAGCUUACAAUAAUGCCAAGUUCAAGAAAGAGCAUUUUCAAAGCUUGUCACAGGUGGGAAAUUCGCUCAAGAUGGAGGACGGUUCGACUACAGGAAAGUUUGGUCGAGGUUUCAAUUCUGUUUAUAACUGGACGGAUUCUCCGUCUAUCGUAUCAGGUCAUCGCGUCCAAAUCCUGGACCCUCAUAAUUCUUGGUCGAGCGGCGGGAACGGCUAUAACUUCGUAGAAUACUCUGAAACCCCUAGUUUGAAAGCCCACAUGACUGUUUAUCAAUCACUUAUGAAGGAUGUGAAACAACCUUUUCCUGGCACCAUCAUUCGACUUCCUCUACGCACAGUUGAACAAGCAAAAAAAAGUGGGAUCUCUGAUCGCAAGAUCACGGCUCAAGAGAUGGCUCAUGUACUGGAGAAGUUUACUGAAGACUUUGGAAAAGAAGGUUUGUUGUUCAUGAAACAUGUUGUUAAAAUCUGCGUGAUUUCGAAUAUUACUGGUCUCAUCGAGAUCGAGGUGAUGAACAAGAAAGCUGUUCAGUUAAACAAGACUAGAGUCAACGACGCAAUCGUCAGCUUGCUGAAGAAUCCGUCUCAAGACUUCGAUUGUACUUUUGAAAUGGAAUUGAGGUACCAGAACCAGAACGAAACAACCAAAAUGCGCUUCAUAAUCCACCACAGUAUACAAGGAAACUCGAUGACAGAAGAGAUCCGUAAAUGGAGCAUAGCCCAGAAAUCCUUGCCCUGGGUUGCAGUGGCCGUUCCCUUGCACGUUGAAAAUAAUACCGCUAUACGCGGAUCUUUAUUCUUGGUGAUGCCAUUACAUAUACCCAUCAAUCAGCCGGCUCUUAUUCAUGGCUUGUUCAGCAUCUCGCCAGAUCGAGCCCGAUUGUAUAAAUCUCAGGAUCAUAGCUCGCAGGAUCAGUUACCGGCACAAUGGAAUCAAUACCUAUUCAAUAGCUCAAUUCCACAUGCUUGGACUAAGCUGCUUAGCCACCUUGCUUUAUCUUUUCCACCUGAUCUAUCGUUCAAGUAUUGGCCUCAUAAAUCCGAGGAUCCUGACAAUUUGUCUAAGGAUGUGCUCGCUCAAGUGCUUACGUUGAUUAAAGAUCAAUCCCUGCCUGUUUGGUAUACUGUGAAUGGUUACAUCAGUGCCGACGCUGGACUUUUGGCGACAGGAAAAGAGUCGGAAUCACUAAAGUCGACAUUGGCAGACGCGCAGAUUCCAGUUGUUUAUAUCCCAGAUAAACUGAGAGAGGAAGCCAAGAAACUCUUCUUGGAUCUUAGACUUGGACCUCAGACUCUGUGCAAUUAUCUGCGCGGCAAGAAUGACUUGGUCGUUUCCUGGCCACAAGCAACAAGACAACAGAUCCUGGAAUACAUUCUCCCUACUCUGGGCUCAUCAGACCAUGAAAAAGGCUUAGCAUUGUUUCCAUUCGAAGAUGGCUCAUGCCGUUCAAUCGAUGAUCAUCUUGCUUUUGUACAUCGCGAUGGUUUUGAAGCCGAGUUAUUCCAACGCGACCCCAAGCAUAAUUUGGACCUAAAGCAAUUUUCUCAGACAAGCUUGAACACUUUACAAGAUCGUCUAAGAGCCUCAAAGUUCCACCCUCACAUCCGCCACCGUUCUGCAAACGAUCUCAGGGAGUACGCCAUGGCAUACUUUUUCGAUAAGCUUGACGUUAAUGCCGACAUGGCUGCUUUGGAUCCUGAUCAAAUAUCCUUUGUCACUAAGUCUUGGACUUGGAUACAUAGAAGUUCAGAUAUCCUGAAUGAGGGUACUGCUAGUCUCUGGCUACUUCCUCUUACGAAUGGCAAAUAUAGGAAAGUCAAGCCUCGCAAUUGCUGGGCCAUCAUACCACCGCCUGGAUCGCUCGGCGAUACUAUCCAAAAGCUUGGGGAAGAUAAUAGAGCUCAAAGCGCGCCGGUGAUCCUCUCAGGUAGCACGGGCUUAGACAGAGGUCUUUUAGCAAAAUUGAAAACUGCUAAGGCAGGAGAAACCCUGCAAGUUCGCAACGGUGAGGAAUUUCAUUUCUUAUUGCAAUGGCUCGCUCGGUCCCAUCUUGCAGUUGAAGAAGCAUCCGAAGAAGAUAAAUUCAUCAUCAUUGAAUAUAUCGCAGAAGCUGUUGGACGACAGCUUGAUCCUGAAUACAUAAAUUAUCAUCCAGCAAACUUGAAGAAACUCCCAAUUUUUCGAGAAUUGACAAGCGGGAAUGAUGGUGAUCGUCGGUAUCCAUGGGUGCGUAUUGAGACCUUCAAGUCUGCAAUUGGGGUCAUUGAUGGAAUAAUUCCCCUUCCUAUAUUCAAGGACUACCAAUUUAUAGAUGCGCAGACCAUUGCCAUUCAAAAAAUCCUUCGUUAUCAGAAACUCGCUGUGUGUAAAUCGAAGAUCGAAGCACUGCAAGAUCAUAUUAUUCCAGCUUGGAAGGGACUUCAAAAGUGCACUUGGUUACCAUCAUCCAAGGCGCAAACCGCAGAACUGAUGCUUAAAUUCUACUACGACUUGUCCCCACAAGCACAAGUAGCUAUGUUUAGCUUACCGAUAGUACCAACUCAGUCUAUUGGUGGGAAUAUAACCGGCAAGUUCGCUACCGCUGCUGUUCUAAUCGAUCCUGAGAAUAGCUGGCUGAAGAGCGUGUUCUUUAGUGACGAGGAAGUGUUACCUACCGAUGACCAAUUUGCGCGAUAUGGUUCAAUUUUCAAGAAAUUUGGGUUGAGGGCUAAAGUUGACGAGUUGUUUGUCUAUGACCGAGUCGGCAAAUUUUUGAACAGUUCCCUUCCUAAAGAAGAAGUCUACAGUCGUGCUGAAAACUUGUUGAAGACUUCUUGCUCCUGGUCUCCGUCAGAAGCAACGGCGACAAAAUACAAGCAAUUCCUGAAACGCAAGUGGCUACCAGCUACUUUACCCGAUGGAAGUAUUGAAAUGGUAAGCCCGAGCGAAUGCCGCGGUGUUCAGGAUCGUUUGCGUGCAGGAUAUAGGCUGCCUAUCUUUUCUUUCACUGUAUCUUACCGUUGGGCCGAGUUCCUUGGAUGGAACAAAAUCUUACCUGUCGAUAUCUUACUUGCCCAGCUUGAUCAAGGUGUCAUCAAAGAUGAAGGGCCUGUUGUCAAUGCCGUCCUUACUUAUUUGAGAGAUAAUUUCCGAACUGAUAUAGUUUCGGAAUCAUUGAAACUUCGUCGAUGCAUUCUCACAGACAACCGUGUAUUCGUCACUGCUUCCAAGGCAUUCUUUUCUGGUUGCACUUUGCUCAGUCCUUUCCUGGGAAAUGUCGAUAUUGGAUUCGCAAAAAUGCACGAAGAUAUCCUGAAAGCUAUGAAUGUCAGAUUGAGGCCAGGAGUUAAAGAUAUUCUCGAUGUUCAAGCUCAGAUUGAGCGAUCUGGUCAUCCUUAUAAAGAAUCCGACACCGAAAUUCUCUUAGAAACGAUCAAAAUGGCCAGCAAAUAUUCUAGAAAAUCUCUGGGGGGCUUGAAAAUAUUGGAUCAAGAUAGUAUUCUGUGCCCGGUUGAGGAUAUAGUUUACAAUGAUAUGCCACUGCAGUCUGACAGGAUUGUCGAUAAAGUCAGAUUUACCAAUUCGAGAAUCUCUGAACAGACAGUAAAUAGCUUGUUUAUAGAGAAACUGAGCGAGCGAUUGAGGAAAGGAGAACUGCAACUCGCUGACGAUGAUGAUGAUGACGAGGACUUUCAACAGUGCGAGGCUAUAACGACCAGCAUAUCCACUACUCUUGACCGCUACCCUAUCGAAAGUACUUUCAAAGAGUACCUAGCAAACGCGGAUGAUUCCAAAGCAUCAGCAGUCCACUGGAUGUUAGAUCCUAGGCAUCAUCCAACUGAAAAUCUUCUUACUCCAGAGAUGAAAGAUCUUCAAGGGCCAGCUCUACUGGUUCAUAAUGAUGCAGUAUUUCAGGAUAGCGACUUCAAAGGUUUCAAGAACGUUGGUGUUGGCAGCAAACGAGAAGAUAGAUCAACCAUCGGUAUGUUUGGUCGAGGCAGCCAGACCAUGUACCAUUUUACAGACAAUCCAGUCUUACUUUCUGGAGAUUACUUGUUGAUACUAGAUCCAUUGCAGGCAUGCCUCCCUUUAAACAGAAAUUGGCAGGCACGAAAGCCAGGAGUGAAGAUUUUGCUAUCUAAGCUCAAGCAAGUUCACCCAAAUCAACUGGCUCCGUUCCAAGACUUAUGGGGCUACGAUAGUGAUUCUGAUCAUUAUGAUGGCACAAUUUUUCGUUUCCCUUUGAGAAAACAUGUUUCACCUCUAAGGGCAAAGCAAGAGCCCCCAUCCGUAGAUUCUGUCCGAUUGCUCUUGAAUAAAUAUUUUCAAGAAGCUCGAAUUUCCCUGGUUUUUUUGAAAGGAGUUCGGGUGGUUAGUUUCAAGGGACCCAAGGCGAAGGAACUAUUCUGGUCGGUGAAGAUGAAGAGAAGAAAAUCCGUAUCUGACUACACACUUUGUUAUGCAAAGCAGAUGCUUGGCCCGGACGUUACCGCGACUGAAGAUAAGUGGUGGAUCUAUUCAAUGAUUGAGGAGACACCUAGCGGUGAAUACCAAUCCAGACUUAGAAAGAAUGUAGAGUACGGCAUCGCAGCAUUGGUACAAUCAGAAAAUCAACGGGUCACAAAAACUUCGGAUCUACCAACGCCAAAGUUGUUUAGCACUCUCCCUCUACCUGAAGCAUCGAAUUUGCCAGUGCACAUACACGCUACAUUUUCUCUCUCCGGAGAUAGGAAUGCACUCAUUGCUGGAGGCGAAUCAUCUGAGGCCGAGGGAUCAAAAUGGAACUCGUGGUUAUUGGAAGAGAAAUUGGCAUACGCUUACUUCAAGUUUCUGGAAGGUUUGGCCCAGAAGAUUGGCUCGGAUGUGUUUCAGUUUUGGCCGAGAAGAUAUCCAGUAAACGGAAGUCGCUUAGAACUGUUAUGUAAAUCUUUCUGGGAGAAGCUUCCUCACAGUUCAGCAAGGCUGUUUCCUCGACGUGAUACAGGCACUAAUGCAACUAACAUGAAUAUGUCUGAGACGGUUUUCGAUCUCCUGCAGCCACAAUUUUCUAAGCAAAUUGCUCCAGUAUUAGAACAGCUGGUGCCGAAUCUAUCACCAAAUUUUCCUGCUCACAUAUUCACCGGUAUCAAAUCGAUAGGUGUUGCUAAGUCCAUGGAUCGUUCUGGCUUACGUGAGCUCUUCAAGUCCAAGGAGGCUGGUGACUGUCUUCAAAAGGCGAUGGUUGGCGAUUCCCAUUUGAUCGGCAAUGUCCUACGUGAGCUUAUCCCAGUAGGAGAUGUCUCUCCGGAGGAGUUAGCAAAAUUAGACGGAUGCAGACUGUUACCUCUCGCGGACGGAACACUAGGACAAUUAACGCCGAAUCUGUCACCCAUGCCUCUGAAUACUCGAAAUUACUACACCGUUACGAAGUUGGAACUGGAAAUUUUUAACUUCGCCAAAACCAUUGUAAUAUUUCCAGAAAACAUUGAUCCUGACGACCGCAUAGGCGAAAUUGUCAGAAGCAAGAAGUUCAAUGUCAUGGGCCUGACAACUUCCCACGUUCCGGAGCUUCUGUCCAUGAAACCUCAAGGAUCUAGGGUUGUAAAUGAAAAGACGGAUGAUUGGCUGGAACUCUUCUGGGAUUAUUGGAAUAAGUUUUCCUCAUCUGCCGUGAAAGAAUUGCCCCAAAAGUCUAAUACAUUUGGUUCUCUGCCAUUAUUCAAAGCAAAGUGCGACGGUGUCUGGGGAUACUAUACCAUGCCGGAACUGGAAGCUUUGCCAACUAUCAUUGAAAUAUCGAAGAUGGAGCAUGAGCAGUUAUGUAGUUGUAUUCCUGGUCUCUAUAUGAUCAGACCAAAACUUAUGCCCAAAUCAAUUGCUUAUGCCGAGAAGUCCCUGGACGACCAUAAAGCUUUAGGAAGAUUCAUAAAUGCUUUAAAUAUAUUGGCGCCAGAUGAAACCUCAAUUGGGCGUUUGUUCGCUCAAUUGGUAACUGGACAAGCUCUCAAGAAAUCAAAUUUCAUCAAGCUACUUCGAGAACUCAUCAUACCUCAUGUAACAACAGGUCAUAAGACUACCAUUGAGUACUUGAAGCUCUUACCAAUCUGGCCUGCGUACUUGCCGUCGAGCUCGGAGCACAAGUACAUCGCAGCCUCAUCCGCAAAGUAUACCAAGCAGCCUCAGCUUUUAGCACCUUGGAACAAGAAACUUACAAAUUUUAUCGAUUUUGAGGCCAUAGACUAUCCCAGAGCCGAAGAAUGUCUUGAAAUGAUGUCGGUUAUUUCGGUCACUGCUGAAAGCUUGAUUCAAAAGUUUGAGUCGAAGGACUUCCCAUCAACUUUACAGACAAUGAAUGAGACUGCCUAUACUCAAUUCAUCAGCACUUUAACCGGAAUCGUAUCUAAGGCGAAGCAGGAUUCCUCUCUCGUCAAUAAACUGUCAUCCUUAACCCUUGCGGCAGACAGAAAUGGUAAAAUGCACUCACCUCAUGAGUUGUUUGAUCACGAUGAUGAGAUUUUCAAGGCAGCAUUUCAAGAUACCGGCCGCUAUUUUCUUCAUGACUGUGUAAAAGCAAAAGAAUUCGACACUCUAUGGUAUAGUAUUGGCCUUCGUCGACGAGAAAACAAUGGCUGCUUCAAGAUCCAAGACUACAUGGAGUGCCUACGAACUCUAGAAGCUUUAAUUGAAUCUAAUGACUACGGAAUACUAGUGGAUCCAACGUCAAUCAUACACGAAAGAAUGACGAAAAUUUUGUCGCCACUAAUUGCUCCAAGUUCCGCCACGCAUCGAUUCGAUCACCAUGAUUGGAACGCACUUGCACGCAAAACGAUUUUCGUAGUCCGAAAAGAUAAUUCUCGCGAACCAUCUUAUCGACGAGGGAGCAUGGACAGAGUCUCAGAGUGCAGUACAGCAAUUCCAUUAUCUGACGUUGUCCUCUACAAACAUGCGGCAAUCUGUUGGAGCAACACACAAUUUGUGGUCCUGGAACCAACUGCAGAGAUUUUAAGCAAGGUACCAAAACAUGGAGAACCAUUCAUGAUUGAGGUCUGGAAGCAUCUUGAGCACAUGGUAGAGAUAUCAAAGAAAAUUUUUCGCGCAGACAUUCCGGAUUUUCUGUCGGAUCUCUUCAAAAUAUAUGACUAUCUUCAAAACAAUCUUGUGCGCAGCAAAGAGUACUUCGGGGUACAUGCUCACAGCUUGGACCGAACUGAUCUCUGGCUCAACUUGGACAUUUCAGAUCCUGUGCAUGUCACCAUUGAAGACUUGCAGUCUUCAUGGAAGCCUCUUCAGCACCUCUUGCUCAUCAGCUCCACUGAUGCGCCACCGUUAGAGUGUAUUCGACUAAGUUUGAGUCCAUAUGAAAAAUUGUUGAAGGAACUUGGCUGCAAGUCGAUUUAUCACCCCACCGUCGAGCUGCCUGCACCUCAAUCAGCGCAAUCACUGAUUAGCAGUCUUCGUGGCCACCGCAAAGAAAAGCAGAUGAUAGAUAUCGUUUUUGUCGCCGAGAAUAGUUGUUUGGCAUGCGCAUCUGGCUACUGUACCGCCAGUUUCUCUGGUCGCUGGCGUAAUGAUCAAGAGAUAUUCUUGGAUUUGAUGACGGCUCACACACUUCGCAUUCUCAUUGACACGGCUUACGAAGAACCAAUCAACUGGGAGGAGAUGACUGUUGGCCUAGUGUCCCCUCAAGAUGCCGACGCCAAUGACCACAAAUUAGAUCUAUUACUGGAUUUGCAUAAAGGUGCAGAUUAUUGGCAGAUGCUCGCACUGGCGAACCAAGUCGAGAGAAAGAUACUGGAGCAGUUUAGACUUUUUAUAAGAUUAGAUAACGUGAGAGAGUACCAGGAAAUGGCUGCAGAUUCGAAUGCCACGGUCUUCGAGAGAGCAUGCAAGAACUUCUGCGAGGAGAAUGCAGCAGCUUUGAAGGGAUGGGAGGAGGCUGCUGCGCUACAAGCUGCCAUCGAGGCAAGGGAAAAUUCCUAA